AUGUCUGCUGAUAUGGAGCACAGCAAAUCGAUCGGCUCUUUACUGGUCCGAAGGUAUGACCCACGGGACUGGCAGCAGAUGUUGUCUAUCUACACUGAUGGGGUCAUGGAGAUGGUGGUGGACACAGCGUUCAGGGGACUGAAAUAUCACCCCGAGAGCCUGUUGCUCUAUUUCCUGUUUACAGUUGUGCUCUGCGCCCGUUACUACUACAGCCGAAUGGUGAUCUGCAGCCUCCUGGAGCGUGUUGUCUCCACAGACCUGAAGGACAUUGACAAGUACUUGAAUUCACCAGAUCACUGUCUAUGGGUGGCAGAGCUGAAUGGACAGGUGGUGGGAAUGGUUGCUGCUCAUGGCAAUCAGACCACUAGAACUGUGACGCUCCUCCGGAUGUCAGUGGACAAGAGAUUUCGGAAGUGUGGUAUAGGCUUUACACUGGGCCAGACAUUUCUUCAAUACGCUGUUGCUCAGGAAUACUACACAGCUACGUUAGGAACCACUGCUUACUUUCCAGCUGCCCAUCACCUCUACAAGCGACUAGGCUUCCAUCUAGUGGGGACCACAAAUGGCUACAACACUGCGGGAACAACACCCUCUGUACUGCAAAGGAUUUUUUACAGGGUCCGACACCAUCACUACAAACUGGAUUUACAAAGUCUUGAUUGAAUUUUGAGUGAAGCGCUUGUGUUUUUCAGACAUGUCACUGCCAGCUGAAUGCAGGGCUGCUGCAGUUCAGCCUAUUCGCUGGUAUUGGGCUGAUGAAGCUUCAUGAAUCAUUUGUCAGUUGUUGGUGCACUAAAUUCAGAAAUGAUGUUUUCCAAGUCGGGUCUUUUCCCUUCUAUAGUUCACUGCUUCAUCUACGGCCUCCUGUUCAGUCUGGUUCUCUUGAGGUUUCUGCCCACAAAAAGUCCUUUCCUUGCCCAGGAAACCAUCAACUCAUGAAUAGAGAAGAUACAUAGACCGCUUGCUGUGUUCUAUUAAUUAUAUUGUUCUUCAUUUUAUCCUUUUUUAAAAAUGUUUUUGUUGUAUGGUGAUUUGUGUGCGUGU